AUGCCUCGUUCUCGCGGAGGUGCAGCUCCCUCCCGAUCCGCUCCAUCGCGGCCAACAGCUCCAGCUCGGUCUACAGCGCCACAGCAGCAGCAACGUCCUUACUCUUCCGCACCGACUGCACCGGCUCAGCAACAGGCCCACCCUCCUGCACAGACCUCUCAAGGCCCGGGCCUGUUUGGACAGAUGGCAAGCACCGCAGCUGGCGUGGCAGUUGGUUCCUCAAUCGGACAUGCCAUUGGAGGCUUCUUUGGCGGUGGCUCUUCGUCUGCACCCGUCGAGCAACAACAAGCCCCAACUGAUGCAUAUGCACGGACCGGAGACGCCAUGUCAAACUCUCUGUAUGCGCAAAAUUCCGCCGCCGAAGCCCAAGGUCCGUGUGCCGCCGACAUCAAGAGUUUCACCGACUGCAUGAACCAGAACCAGGGCAACAUGACCAUCUGCGGAUGGUAUCUUGAACAGCUCAAAGCUUGCCAGCAGGCUGCGCGACAAUACUAA